AUGACUUAUGUAUUUUUAACUUAAUCAACAUCAGUCACAGUGUCAAAUAAGUUUUACUCUAACUGUGCAUGAAAGUUACAUGCACUCAAUUUUUUUGUUUAAAUUGUGUUGAAAUGAUGUCAUAUUUAUCGUCAAUUAUAUGCGUAAUUAUUUUUCUAGCGAGAACUUUACAUAGUGGUGCUACUACUUUCAUUAAAAAAUUGAAUCCUGCUUUUUUCAUAGUAUUUAGAGAUGGACUGUCUUUUGCUACCAUGAAAACUAUUGCAUAAUUCAUCUGACCACGCUUUACAUCAUUAUCUAAAAAUAAGAGAAAAUCAUAAUUGUCUGUCCAGGAUGCACCUUAACGUCAGAUUUAUGAAUUCAAAGAUUUCAGUUUCAUAUCUUACCUCCAAAUGCUUUUAUAUUUAUUAUGCAAGAAGUCAAUGUUUGCUGCUUGAAGAUUGAUGCAGAUGCAGUAGAAGAAGCCACACUUCUAGAAUCCAAAUAAUCAAUAUUUCGAAAAUCUGCAGCGUUGUUUGAAGUCAUAUACCUCUUAGGGAUCUCUCUGUACAUUCGAUGCAGGAUUUGGAUUUUAUAUGUUCAAGAAACUGGUAACUUCACCUACCUUUGAUGUUCAACUGCUUACUUUAGAAGUUGACCUUCGUAAGCUGUCGACUAGAUCUUUCGUGAAUGGCUUCCUGUGACUCCUCACGAAGAUGAAGUUUCAGUCCAGAAAAAAGAAAACAGUUCUUAAUAUUAGAAAUAAUCUAUCAUACAGGCUUUCACCAAUGAUAAAUGUUUAUUCGUGAUAAACUGUAUAGACUCGCAGCACUCAACUCACAAGACGAAAAUGGACGACUUUCAAAAAACGCUAGAAGAUCUUGCAGCUGAACUGGCUGCUGCCGAAGUUAUACGACAAUACUUACAAUAUUCUACUUCUGCAGAAGUUUCCAGUGAAAUAUCUGAAGAGCUGCAAAAAGUUAAAAAUAAAAUAAGUUCUAUUGAAAAGAGAAUAGGAGAUGUUAACAACUAUGCAAGUUUGUUUUCCUCAACGAAUAUAAUUUCGUCUCGAAAUUUUUUGUUGAAACUUGAAGAAUUGAAUAAAAGGUGGAAAUUACUCAAAUUAGCAGUUGACGGUCAAUGUAAGAUACCUCAUGUACUCGAUGUGGAGAAAGAUUCUCCGAAUAACCAAGAGUUUCUUACCACUAGCGUAGAUCAACCUUGGGAACGAGCUCUUACGCCAUCUAAAGUGCCUUAUUAUAUAAACCAUCACUCAGAAACUACUCAUUGGGAUCAUCCUGCAAUGAUCGAAUUAAUGUCAUCAUUAGCUGAUUUAAAUGUUAUACGUUUUUCAGCUUACAGAACUGCGAUGAAGCUUCGAACAGUCCAAAAGAAAUUAUGUCUUGAUGUCUUAAGUAUGUCCUCUGCCGUGGAUAAUUUUGACUCUCAUGGACUACGCGCUCAAAAUGAUAAAUUAAUUGAUAUACCAGAAAUGGUUACCAUUCUUACAUCAUUAUACUCAUUCAUUGCCACUACUAGUACAGUCCAAAUUUCUAUACCUCUGUGUAUAGAUUUAGCUGUGAAUUGGCUAUUAAAUGUGUAUGAUAGUCAAAGAACAGGUCACAUCCGAGUGUUGUCAUUCAAAGUUGGUUUAGUGCUGUUAUGUCAUGGAAAUUUAGAAGAAAAAUACCGAUAUCUAUUCCGUUUGAUUGCGGAUCCGAACAAACUAGUAAAUCAGCGGAAGUUAGGCCUUUUAUUACAUGACUGUAUUCAAGUACCACGUCAACUUGGAGAAGUCGCAGCUUUCGGUGGAUCCAAUAUUGAACCAAGCGUUCGAAGUUGUUUUGAAAAAUCUGGAAUGCAAAGAAGUGAAAUUCAAGCAGCACACUUUUUAUGUUGGCUUCAGCAAGAACCACAAAGUAUGGUUUGGUUACCAGUGCUGCAUCGAUUAGCAGCAGCUGAAAAUGCGAAACACCAAGCAAAGUGCAAUAUCUGCAGAGAGUAUCCGAUAAUUGGAUUCAGAUACCGUUGUUUGAAAUGUUUCAACUUCGACAUGUGUCAAAAAUGUUUUUUUUCUGGAUUUAAAGCCAAAAAUCAUAAAUUAUCGCACCCAAUGCAAGAAUAUUGCACUACCACCACAUCAGGAGAAGAUGUUCGAGAUUUCACAAGAGCUUUACGUAAUAAAUUUAAAUCAAAGAGAUAUUUCCAGAAACAUCCCAGAGUUGGAUAUUUACCAGUCCAGACAGUUCUUGAAGGUGAUGCUUUAGAAAGCCCUUUUCCGUCUCCUCAACAUGGUACAUUAAGCCAUGAUAUGCACUCACGUUUGGAAAUGUUCGCUUCGAGGCUUGCUGAAGUUGAAUUAGCUCGGAAUACGAAAAAUUCUACUCCCGAAAGUGACGAUGAACACCAACUUAUCGCUCAUUAUUGUCAAAGUCUCAAUGAUAGUGCUAUAAAUAUUCCAAGAAGUCCCAUUCAAGUUAUAGCCGCUAUUGAUAUUGAACAAAAGAUUGAACUCGAAGCUAUGAUUCGUGAACUUGAAGAUGAAAAUUCCGUACUUCAAGCAGAAUAUGAAAAUUUACGAUCGAAAGAAAGUUUUGAUCUGAAUCUUGAAAAAUCUGAAAGUAUCCGAAAAUCAGACUCUGACAUGAUUGCAGAAGCAAAAUUACUGAGACAGCAUAAAGGCAGAUUAGAAACACGGAUGCGAAUACUUGAAGACCAUAAUCGUCAAUUGGAAGCGCAAUUACAGCGACUUAAACAACUUUUAAUCGAGAUGGAGAAAUCCAUGAUAGUUGUAAUACAAAUUGUCAAAGACGGCCACCACCACCUCCACCCCAUUUACAAAAUCCAAGAAAUUUGUUACAUGUUAAUGGUUAAUCGUUUAACAACCACCAUUUCUAAAAGACAGAACAACUCCAUAAAUGUUGGACUACUACUUAGGAUUAAAGCUGUGACAUCCCAUCAGCCCUGUGAAGACAGUCUGCAUCAAAUAGGAGCUGCAGUCCAUGUUUAUUAAUUUUGUGUGAAACGAUGAAUUUUUGUAAUUUAUUUCAACAUGCCCAUCUUUAAGAUUGUCAAUAAAAUAGCUGUAGUUAAAUUCCAUUUUAAACAGGAAUAAUUCUACUUAAUCGAUAUCAUGGUCUGCUUUACAAAAACUUGGUAGUUAAAUCUUGAUAAUAAACUAACAAUGAUUAAUAUGAACCUUAUUAUAAUGUUCUAGCUAAUUCGCUCAUUUUUCAAUAAUCUUGUAACUUUUGUAUAUACUUUCAAUACAUCAUAUUAUAUAGUAGUUUGUUAACUUGAAAAUAAACGAAUCCAUUAAUGGAGA